UACGGGUCUUGAGACAAAUUUAUCCUCUUCUAGUCGUGCUCCUUUGACAGCAAAUUUCUCCUUGUAGUGGUUGUUCGAGUCAAGGCAACCCGACCUCAUGUUUGUCACGCUCAUGUUUCGUAGUGGCAAUCAAUCAAAGCUACAGAGAAAAGCAAGAUGGCAUAUAUUCGAAGCUUGCGCAAAGUAAAGUGUGACAUGCUUUUGAUAUUUGCCAUGGGACGCAUCCUUCGAUUUCGACUGCGGCUCAAGCAGCUGCCGAGCUAUGACCGCAUGGCCGGGACCCUGACCUAUCUCACUCACUCACUAUCGUCCAACUGGCUUCCUGUCAAACUCAACCAAGGCUUUAACUUGUGAAUUACUUUGCACUACAUACAUCCUGAAUAAUAAUUACUGUUCGAACACGUCUAUUGGAUCUGCUGUGAACCACCCCAUAAGCCUGCACCUGAGGUCGACUGCUACACCAGCCACACGGCGUCACAAAUCAUCAUGGCGCAGCCGUGGGACUACAUAGCGAAGAUCGUAUCGUUGGGCGAUUCAGGAUGUGGUAAAUCAAGUCUUACAGUCCGCCUCUGCGAAGGCCGCUUCUCACCACACCACGACGUAACUAUCGGCGUAGAGUUCGGAUCGCGCAUCGUUCCUGUCGGCCCACCAGCGUCGCAUUCCCUGAGCAUCAACAACCCCUCCAAAUCCUCACAAGCGCAAGCGCCCGUAUCGCCGUCGAAACAAAAGCAGGAGCAGAAGCACAUGAAGCUUUCGCUAUGGGAUACAGCAGGCCAGGAGACGUACAAGAGCAUCACAAGAAGUUACUUCCGGGGCGCAUCGGGCGCGCUGCUAGUAUUCGAUAUAUCGCGCAAAAACACCUUCCUUUCCGCCACGUCAUGGCUGCACGACUUGCGGCAAAUCGCCGAGGAAGGCAUCGUGGUGGUGCUCGUGGGCAACAAGUCCGAUCUCGCGGGGUCAUCUACCGUAACCGACUCGGAAGCCGCGAACAAGCGACAGGUCACAAAGGAAGAGGCCGAGGAGUGGUGUAAAGCAAAUGGCGUCAUGCAGUACGUCGAGACGAGCGCCAAGAGCGGAGAGGGCGUGGAACGAGCCUUCUUGGAAGUCGCAGAGAGAAUAUACCAAAACAUAGAAGCUGGCAGAUACGACUUGAACGAUCGAAGGAGUGGAGUCAAGGGGCCGGGAGGCGGGGCGAAUAGGGCAGGCGUCAACUUGAAUGAUGCGAGUAAAAAGGGCAAGCAACAGGGUUGGGGAGGUUGCUGCUAAACUUCGGUAUAUAUUGAUUUGGGCUCAGACCAUCGUGUUGGCAUACAUUGUUUGGCGUCAACAGAGCAGUGGUCAGCUCGUACAUAGCGUUAUUGUAAUGAAUAUAUCAUCGCUUCAGCGGGCCCGUUGCCUCGGCC